AUGGACAAGGGAUACUUGGAUCAACAACAGCAACAGCAACAGCAACAGUUACAGCUUCAACAAACACAGUUACAGUCACAAUCACAACAACAACAACAGGGACCAUGUUUGACAACGAUGACUACAAAGACAACGACAACAACAACUACUACAACUAUAACAGAACAUAAUUUCUUGGUGCCAGAGUUACAACAUUUGGUCAUAUCGCCACGACUCGAGUCGGCAUCUGCCGCCGCCAUCCAGAUCACAUCAGCCGCAGCCACUUCCACCACGCCAUCAAUAUACAUGUUGGAGAACAAUACACCAAUAAUCAAAGAUAAUACAACUGGAUCAUCAUCUGGCGCAUCAUCAUCAAGUAAUAAUAAUAAUAAUAAUGAUGAUGAAUAUAAUAUAUUGGAUAAACAACAUCAACAAUUGAUAAAGAAGAUGUUGACGGCGAUGGCUACAACAUCACAACAGCAACAGACGACGCCAUCACUGUCACCUCCAAGUCCACCAAUGAUCAUUGAUGAGUGCCAGUUGGAGUUGAGUGGCGUCCUUGGAAGACAGCCCCUCGCAUCAUCACCGCCAGCCGACACAACCACACCACUGGAGCGAGCAUUAAUAUCAUCAUCUGGCGGCGCAAACACUUUUGAAUUGGCCACCACCGCGCCACUCACUCAAACAUCACCGUCAUCAUCGACGCCACCACUAUCACGCGCUAACUCUACCAAUGCCGCGACAGUGCCAAUCAUUCGCGCGCGUGUCCAGAGACCAAUCCGCCAAAAGUCACCGGCGUCAAUUGGCGAGCGACCAUUGCUACACGCGGUGUUGGUGCAGGAGGAGAUCAAGACUUUGAUCAAUCAGGAGGACAUCAAUGCUCGCGACGCCAAUGGCAACAGCAUCCUACAUCGCGUGGCCAUCAUUGGAUCGAUGUUGGCCAUUCGCCACAUUGUAUUGCGCGGUGCACGCGUCAACUCUGUCAACAACAGCGGUCUCACCCCGCUGCACUAUGCCGCCUGCGCCAAUCCACAGAGCGUGGAGGUGUUGCUCUACUAUGGCUCACUUCCCAACAUCAAGGACAACAACAAGGAGACCCCACUGUUCUUUGCCGUGGACCGCGGACAGACGGCCAUUGUCUCGCUUUUGCUGUCGCGAGGCGCCAAGGUCACGACGACCAACCGGUCGAUGCAGCGCAGUGCCAUUCACGUGGCGGCCAUCAAAGGAUUCUCCAACAUCUUGCGACUCUUGCUGGACUACAAGUGCAACAUCAAUGAGAUUGACGUGGGCGGAUCGACGCCACUGCACCUCACGAUCUACAACAGCCCCACGUACCAAAGCCUGCUUAGUUCGAUCAACUACUGCCACAGCGCCAUGAACAGUAUCGACGCAUACAUGUCAUGUUGCGAGCUGUUGUUGCAGCGCGGCGCUAUCAUCACCGCGCAGGACACUCAGGGCUACACGCCUCUGCACAUUGCCAGUCGCCAAGGAAAGAAGAACUUCAUCGAUCUGCUCCUAUUCUAUUGCAAGCAACAGAAGAACAAAGCGACCCAGCCACUGAGUGGCGUCAACUCGUCGUCCAGCAGCAAGCUGAGGAAGGAACUCAAGUCCGAGAUUGUGCUCUACAUCCCAGACAACAAGGGUCGUAUCCCAUUGCACGCCGCUGCCAUUGGUGGCCACUCGCGUGUCCUCGAGUGUCUGGUGGGCACUGGUCGCAAGUGCACCACGGUCACUGACGACAUGGGCAUGACACCACUGUGUCUGGCUUCAAUGUUUGGACACUUUGACUGUGUCGAGUACCUUUACAAUCUCGUGGACAUCUAUCAUGGCCACGGACACGCCAAGUUAACCGGUCCCAGCCAAGCUGGUCGCUCGCUCUUUGACAACGCCAAGUCUCCUGUCGACCCCCUGGGCAGUGACUUCCGCUUCGCCUUGGAUGGCGACUACUGCGACCUCGUGUUCCUGGUCGAAGGCCGCGACAUCUUUGCUCACUCUGUCAUUCUGCGACAAUACAAGUUGUUCCGCGACAUGAUCCGCCAUCAGAAGUUGUCUGGCCAGUUGCCGCCACUCUACGCGCCAACCGCCCAAUCACACAUGAAUCCAUGCGCCGCCACCACUGGCAGCUACUAUGGUGGCCAGUUCGGAGGCACCUACGGCUCACAGUACAGUUACAACAGCUUCGACGCUUCGUCCUACCACGCCUUCCACAUGGCCAGCAUCAACGAGUAUGAUGACGAGUUUGACUAUAACUCGGGCGGUCGCGUGCGAAGCGACACCAUGGGUGGCGGAGGCGGCCGCACACGCUCGAGAAUGAACAGUGUGGUCAACCCCAACUGUCUGAUGCGCAUACCCGUGGAGAAGGGAGUGUCCUACGACAUCUUCCGCGCGGUCCUCCAGUUCGCCUACACGUGCGAGAUCCCUCGCGAGACCAUCAACACGAGCGGCAAGUUAAGCGAGCUGCUCGAGUUUGCCAAUCAGUGCGACCUCGAGGUGCUGAGCAACCUUUGCAUUGAUACGAUGUCGCAGCACUCCAACGGUCGUCUGGGCACGCUUGAGAUGUCCAAGUACCUGCUCAAGCAGAUCAACUCGAGACAGUCGGCAGACGUCGCGAUAGUGUUUGAUGGCGGCCAGGUCGCCCACGCGCACUCUGUCGUUCUCGCCAACCGCUGCACAUUCUUCAAGUUACACUUUGAGUCAUAUCCAGUCAACUCGAGAUCGUCCAUCGCACUCUUCCCGGCCGGCUCACUCACCAACAGUGUGGCGGGCGGCUUGCUCAGCAGCUCCCUGUCCUCGUCGUACGCCGGCGGUCUGGGCACCACCAGUCCCAUGCGUCGCCUGUCAUGUCCCUCGUCGCCGGCACUGAGCGACAUUCAGACAGCCAGUUGGGUGAUCGACAUUGGCGAUGCUAGCUACAAGGCAGUCAUGGUGAUGCUCGAGUACAUCUAUGGAGGUUGCAUACCCUCGGCUAACAGCGCCUUCCAGGCUGGACCAACAUCCGCGCCAUCGCCAGCAUCAGACGCAUCUAUGGACGUCAUUGACAUUAUGCUGUUGUCCAAGCUGGCAUACACACUGAACCUGCCCGUACUGCAGCAGUACAGCUCAGUGCUACUCUACAGCAUACUGGAUCCAAGCAAGUUGGUGACGAUCAUCAAGACGAUAUACUCAUUCGAUGGCAAUGUGGGCUGGGGCAGGACACCAUCACUCGAGUCCAUCUGGGGCAUAUGCCUAGAGUGGCUCGUCAAGAGAUGCAAUUGGAAUGAGAUGAUGCGCUAUGAGCCAUUCCUGCAACUUGGCGCCAAGUUCAUCAAGGACGUCAAGAAGGAGAGGAAGGAGAAGAAGAAGAAGCAGAAGUUGACCGAGAAGCAUCUGUUGGGCAGUGCAAAGUUCAACAACGUACCAUCAACAUUGCCACCAAUGCCUACAUCUUCGUCAUCGUCACAAUCACAGUCGAACAUACCCACCGUCCAAGAGAGUCCCCGCAAGAAGGAGGACAAGCCAUGGCUGCGCAAUCCCAAGAUGUUCCUGCGUACAGUGUCCGCGGGCAAGUUGUACCCCAACGUUGGCAACAACAAUGGUGCAUCAAACUCAGCACCCUCAUCACCAUCAUUGUCACCACAGCCAUCGAUCGUCAUGCUCCAGUCUCAGUCGUCCCAGUCAUCGUCGUCACAGUCGUCACAGUCUCCGCCAAACUCGCCACCAAAGUCGCAACCGGACAAUUCUCCACCUUCCAACUCACCACCUCAGUCGCCUCCAAGCAAUCGACCACCCAAGUUACAGAAGCGCAACAGUCUGUCGCAGAUACUGCAGUCCAAGAAGACGUUCUUCACAUCACUCACCGCGGCCAAUCGCGAGGCUGGCAAGAAGAGUCCUCCAAACAGGUCCAAAUCAUUCGCAAUGUAG